CUGCCGUUUCUGGACGUGAAGGAAUUUGGAAAGAUGUUCGCCGCCUACAAAGUGUACCUGAUGGUCUACUUGCCGACGGAUGAGGACAUCUCGACGAAGGACGAGGAUCAGAAGGAACAACUGGCCGCUGCAAAUGCAGCUGCAUCUUCAUCUUCUUCACAAGCAUUACAAGUUCCACCACAUUUGAAGGACGAGUUUUACCUGACGUAUCAGGCGGGCAAGAUCCACUGGCCAAAUUUGACGAAGUUUUUGAACAUUUGCACGCCCCUGGAAAUCCAAGUGAUGAACGACACCGUGUUGAAGAAAGGCGGCACUUUCGACCUCGGCAUGCAGGCAAUCUGCGGACCGACUGACAUACCCAACAAGCCCCCACCGCAGAUGCCGGCCGUGAAUCGCAUGAGGUGCGACGACCUGUCCGCGAUAAGGCAGAAGUGGUACUGGAUGAAGUUCGGCAAGAAAAUCGAGUGCGAGUAUUUUCUGAAGAACUUCUACGAGGAAAAGCAUUUGGAAGCUAGUAAGUGGAAGGCAAAGCUGUACAAGCAGGUCAGCAGUGCGAGUAACUUCUUGGAAACUUUUGAAUUCGACGAUGUGACAGCGGGGGGGUCUUACAGAGAUGUGCUACGAAACGCAGUGUUGGGGGCGGAUAGCAGCUCAGUGAUUACCGGCGCAGCAACAGCCGGCGCGGUUGUCGGAGGUAAUAAAGCAGACCAACGAGGAUCUGCCGCGGGAGCUGCUGUCAACCUGCUGGGCACUGGGUCGGCAGGCAAGACAAAUAACACUACUGGCGUGGAAAGCGACCUGACGCCGACUGUGACCGAGCAAAGCCACAGUUUAGUGCCGGACACAGGAAACGACUUCUUCGCCACCGCAGCAGCGUUUGGUGGGCUUCUUGGGGAUGACGACGAUGAGGAUGAGAAUGUUCCAAAUGCAGAAGCGAAACACGAUGACCUGGCUGACCUGGCUGGUGCCAUGGGGGCGCUUGGCAUGGGGGAUGAGGACGAGUUCGAGGACGAAACCUCCAUCACCAACGCCGACGGCAGUACCGCACGUGCAUCCGCAAACAGCCAGCGCAUAUGGGAGAUUUGCGAGGUGUACUUCGAGGGCCUGCAGUGGGUCAUGUACUACUAUUUCCGCGGCCCGGACAGCAACUGCGGCUGGCGCUACUUCUACCCGGAGUAUCACAGCCCUUUACUGGUGGACAUGUAUCGGUAUCUGCUGCUCAGGUCCACGAAUUUGCUACCCUUGUGUGGGAAUUUGCGGUAUGCGGAUGUUCUGGCGACCGCGAGCGAAGCAGAUGACGCAGCAACGAAGGAAAAGUCAGCGAAGUGCGAACAACUGAUCAAGCAACACCUCAAAUGGCCUCUGGGGCAAUUCUUCAAUCAGGAUGUGGUGACUACAGACGGCAGCGCAAACCGUAAACCCGGUUGCAUCGACCACCUCCACGCCGGGCAGCGCUUGCGGUUUCAGGAUAAGGAUUUCCUUUGCGAGCACCUGUAUUUCCCCGAGACCCGCAGCGCAGAGGAGCUGGCGAAGCAGGGACCGGUGUCCCCCUUCACGCAGUUGUUGUCCGUCCUGCCCGCGGCGUCCAAGCAGCUCGUGCCGCCCGGACUGCAGUAUUUGAUGUGCGACGACAAAAGCGUCUCGCCUCUGUACGAGUUCUACCCCACGCACUUCGCAAUCGACAUGGACGGCGUGAAGGUGGCGUGGGGCGGCAUCACCAUGGUACCGCUGAUUGACCCCGAAAAACUCGACGAAGUCUGCAAAAAAGUCAUGUUUUCGGACGACCCACGGCUGAACAAACUCACCAAGGAGGAACGUCAUAGAAAUGAGCGCAAGGGCACGGCGUUCGCGUUCUUCAACAGGGAAGGCGCAGCGGAAAUGGGCUUCGUCAAGCUGAACGACGGUGCAGUCACGCAGUCCGCGUUGGUGAGCGCGAUGAAAACAUCAGAGGCAAUAGGUCAACCUGCAGCUGCAGCGGAAAUGACUGAUGCCGUCGGCUCCACCACCAGUUCAUCCAAGCCUUGUCGAGCUGCAGUGCUGACUCUACUGCGAAAGUUUGUGGAUCUGGUGGGAGAAAGCGGUUGCGGGAAAGGCAGCACAGAGGUUUCCGCGUGUAUAGACCUAGUAAGAACUCGUGUGAUGGAGCUGUGUUCCGACGCACCCGCUAGCCCCACUUCUGCGGCAAAUGGAAAUGGACACGCAAAAGAACAUGAUUUGGAGGAAUCGGCACCAAGAUCGAAGUUGCAAAUCUGCAAUCCGGUACACCUACUCGAAGACGUCUCGUUACCGGAACCGGGAAGGAAAAUUUGUCGCUUCGCGUGCGAGCACCCGGGAAAACAGCUUGCGCUAGCACGGGGAGAUGACCUCCUUGACGCGUAUGGGACAACAGGAGACAUUGGCGGCAGCGCGAGCGCCUCCUUGCUUGCGCGUUCCCCGCACCCGUGGCCGUCGGUGCACCACGCGGUGAUCCACCAGUGGUGGUUGGACCAUGGCAUUCACUGUUUCGACUCCGCCGCGUUCAAUCCAGGGGUCUAUUUGAUUCUCGAAAACCUGUACAAGGACAAAAAUAACAACACUCCCAUCACCGACAGAGCCGGGCUGCCGAAUGAUGUGCUCGCCGCCACUGGGAAAGAUGCUUCGAAUAAGGCACCAAAUAACCUCGCCUCCGACCAGACCGCGGUGGACUCGCGCAACCUGCUGAACAAAGUGUGCUAUGUGGACUACCCGUACUUGCGCUUGGGUGUGGUGUGCGAAGUUUUCGAGUACGCAGACUUCGUUACAGACAAUCUUCCCGCGGACCACGCAGCCACCGUAGCGGAAGUCAACAAGGCGGAAGUGAAAAAGGAAGGUCGGAACGGGAGUGAUGAGCAAGGCCUUGCUGUGGGCGACGUUGAGCUUCAUGAUGCACAACAGCUGCAAGAAUCAUCACAAGUCGACGCCUCCAAGCCCUCGAGAAAGAAGCCGAACAAGGAGAAGCAAGCGCUGCAGAACCUGUUCCGCAAGGAAGUCGAGUACGUCGGUCGGUACCUGCAGGGCCACGGCGUCGCGUUGUCCAGUUCAAAGAGCUGGUAUAAGAAGCUGAAGUUCUGCUACGUGCGCUACCUUGAGCCCGACGGGUCACUGGAGCCCACGUUCGGGGACAAACGCGUCCGGUUGUACGCAACCGUGUUCGCCGUGCCGCCCGAACACCUCAGUCGGCUCCGGAUGAAAACGAAUUUAGCUGUGAACCAUUCGGGGAGCAAGAAUUCAAUGUGUAGCACUACGAAAGAGGAAAGGACAGACGAUUUCAAGAAGCUGGAGACACAAAUUCUAGCCUUAGACCAAGAAUUUUCCGGACUGCGCGCCAAUGUGAUCGUGGAUUCUUUACGAAUGACAGCCGGUGAAAAGCAGCUUCAAGAACCGGGAGGCGGGCAGCUUUGUGCAGCCGGCUUCAAGCAGGUCGUUCUGCACUUGCUGGAGGUUGCAGGACAGAAGACCGACUCAUUCGCAAAGAUACUUCAUACUGCGACAAACGAGGCCUCGCUGAUGAAAGCCCCAAUCCGGCCGCUGCUGGAGACGCGUCCUGGCGCACCGGUCGUUUAUGUCUUCCGCGGACCUCCCGCAACGAGAGCAAGUAAUCCCGUUUUUGCGGCAAUAUCAUCGCAAGAUGGAGGAAGUGAAAGGCAACCACUUCCACUACCACCAUAUGGCUCGACGGGCUUCGCACACGGAAAUGUCAUUCGUUUUCCUGCAGAAGUCCUCGACACUAGUACAAAAGAAACGGCGAAUACUAGUACCGGCGCAACUUCUACACCCGUAUUACGAAGAACACGCACAGCAGCGAACCUCAUGUUUCUGGAAUCCCGCGUACAGGAGUUGAUUUACGCCACGGCCCAGAACUUUCCCUGUCCGCACUGGGUGUCGGCGAUCGAUUUGGUGAAGCAGCAUUUGGGCAAGGAGUUUUACGUGGACAGCUGCUUGCUCAUUCUGCAGGAUUUCCACGUGAAAAUCAACUACGACCAGGUCGAGAACGUAGGUCUCAACCUGCUCUGGUUUCCAAAGAGUCGCGAGGUUGAUUCUGGGAAGGAUCCCUUUGUGCAGUUCAUCCCGGGCUUAGUAAAAUUACACAGUCCGCUGCCGCGGAAAAAGUUUUCCAAGUUGGUGCACCAAAGUGGCGCAGGAGCUGCAGCCGCUGCUGGCGGGAACAUCAAUACGAGUUGUAACGAAGGAGAAAAUGGUGCUGCACCAUCGUCGAGCAGCAGAACAAAUGCUUGGUCUUCGCUCCAGUAUUCUCUUCUGAAGGAGAUUCGUUACAACGCGGCGGUCGUGGCGCAGUUGCUGCGUAGACACAAGCAGAAGUUUCCGGAAAUCUGGGCCUAUCUGGACGACGCGGUGGAGCAGGGCUACAUGUCCAGCUACACGCACGACCGGUCGUUGUGGCCGGGCGCGCUGAAGGGAACCGCGGUGAACGUGAAGGAUUUGUUUUCCGGCCCGCACCUCGCCAGAUUGAUGAAGGAGGAAUUGCAGGCGCAAGCCUUCAACGCACUGUCCGCGGAACAGCAAGGGGGUGGAAAAAACAACAGGAAGAACGGCGGCAAAAAUGGAGGAGCCUCGGGUAACAAGAACAGCAUUUCCAAGGACCACAUCGAGUACCGAAUGGUGCAGCUGUUGCAUUUCAUUCAGCACGAGCAGCCGCACAUGAAGCUCCCCUUCGUCGGGCCGUGGCACGAGCUGAUUCCCUUGCAAGUGGUGCGGGUGUUGGAGCAGUUGAUUGACAGGAGUUUUGCUAGUAAUUUCAUCGACGGUUCUCCAGUGGCACCUGAGUCAGAAUCUGCUAUCUCCCAAACUCACCAGCAGCUUGCAGAAUGCUUCGCAAAGCAGAUUGUGGACCCACCGGAAGUCGUGGGAGGGACGAUCGUAGAGCAAGAUGCAGCGGCAAGCAAGACGAUGAAGAUGGUGGAGCAGGUCAUGAAAAGCGCGUUAGGAGCGAUGAACAAACGCUUCUCAUCGACCUCCUCAGCAGCAGCCUCUCCGACCUCUUCGCAAGAAUGCGUCGCCAGUUUCAUUGACCUUCCGCUCGAAAAAGUUCUUCCUACUGGAAGCAUAAUAGGGCUUCUCGCGCCAAUGCUACCGUCUAGAAGGAAUAUAGCCGCAGAUUCGGUGACAGACCCAGGCCCCGAACAGAGCCGCAAAGCCUCCUCCUUCUUUCUUGGCCAACGGGUGAUCUACAUGAACCACAGAACACCCGUGCUGCCGAACGGGACCGCAGCCUUCGUGAUCGGCAUUUACUACAGCCACUACGACGCCUUGACACAGCUGUCGGGUAACAAGGAAAACGAGACAAAAUCGUCGGGAAAUAAAACGAAAAUCGACAAGGUAGAAAUUUUGCUGGAGAAGCCGUCCUCUGCCGGAAACGCCCUGUCCGGCAGGUGUUCAAGUAACCGCGGCUUGCUGGUUAACGGCGACGAGCUCUUCGCCGUCAACUAUUUCGACUUUGAAACGCCGGUGGAGUGGCAGAGCGGUGCGGUAACAUCACCGGCGACGACGACACCGACGCUCGAGUCCUCACCUGCCACCAGCUCCGACGGUGGCCUGCACCCCGGUGCUGCUGAUGCUGUUGCUUGCGCCGACAGUCAGCAUGGAAACGGGAAUGCGGGUGGAAGCAAACACAGCAAGAACGGGAAGAAAGGAAAAGGGAAAAAGGGCGGAAGGAGAAAAAAAUGAAACAAAACUAGCGAUACAAGGACGGAAUCCCUUCGAGGACUGCUUGCGAUUUUGUAGCCAGAGCGGUUUCGCGCAUCUGCUCUUGUUUUUAUUUUUUCAUCUGACAUACAGAGAAGCACGACUGUGUGAAGCAAAUAGAUGAAACAAGAAGUCGCAAAUAGGUGAAACAAGAACACGCGACUUUGCUGACAGAGUGGAAGAUUCAGAUCUUUGUAUAUGUUCUAUCGAUUCAGACUUACUAGCUUGUGUUUGUUGAC